GCCAACGAAGAACAAGUGAGAGAGAGGGUGGAUGAUCGCUCAUCGAGCUUCUUGUUGACGUUGUGGUAUUGUGGUCGAUUAGCACUCGGUCAAGCAACAUGACGGUGGACUUGGAUUUGAAGCGUGUGUUGUUGGAGGUUCUACCGUCGUCUGCAUUGAGGGCGCAGGUGGAGGAGUUGGGUGUCCGAAACCAUGCCGAAAUGAUUCGUGGCAGACUCUGGGUCAUCCAUGGUGUGAUAAUGGACGCCCAGCUACGGGCGAUGGAGGAGUUGGUCUUAGAGGCACGGGCGAAGGAUGUGGGAGAAUGGGUGACGGAUGUGCGUGUGGCCGUUUUGGACUUCGAAGGCCUGCUUGGCCGGAUCGUAACAUGGCAACCGACGGGGACGUUCAAUCGCUUGCAGCGCUGCUACUCCCUAGACGACGACGACAAAGGGGCGUCUCGCGAUGCUAUCCUGCGAAAGCUCAAGGAUACAGCAGCCAGGUUGAAUAUCCUGGUGAGCAGGGCGCGUGGGUUGAAUCUUCGGAAGGAGAUGAUGGAUUCCAUGGACCCAUGCGAGGCAGAGUUCUCCGCCAUCUUGAAGGCUGAGAUUGUGGGCAGAGACGAGGUUAUAGAAGAAAUCAUUGGGAAAAUUCGGCAGCGACAACAAGUGUCCACGGAUUCUGUGCCCCUGAUCGUCAACAUAAAGGGUCGCAAAGGAAUGGGGAAGACGACCGUCGCUCGGAUGAUCUACCACCAUCGCUGGGCGCGCGAGCAGUUCAGUCAUCGAAUCUGGGUAGACUCGCCCGGCUCUCUCUUUUUCGAUCCCAUGAGGAUCGCGACUCACCUUGCCGAUUCCAUGACGAAGAAACCGUGCAGCCAUUUGGAGCACCACCUGCAUGGCAUCUGGAAACUCGUCAAUGAAAGUCUCCGAGGCAGCAAAUACCUUAUCGUCCUGAAUGACAUCAGGAUAAAGAAUUCGGACGCUGGCAUGUGGGAUAAAUUGCAUAACAUCCUCUUGCGUGAGGGCGGGGCGGGGAGUACGGUCAUAAUCGUGUCUUCCGAAGAUGUGGCAUUAAAUCGAGAAAUGAUGGAAUUCGACGUCCGGCGCCUAUCGAAGAAAGAUUGGGAACAAGUGUUCGUGAGACACGCGGUGAUCCACCCUGAGGAGGAAGAGGAGGCUUCUUCGGCGGCAAAGCUACUUCCACGUGCCAUCCUACGCACCGGCAAUCCCUUGCAUGCUAAGCUUCUGGCCUCGGUAUUCUUCAGGCUCACAGAGCGGAGUCGGUGGGAAGAAAUGGCGGGUGCUGUUCGUACUGACAAAUCCAUCGACUACUUCGAUCCUUUUCAUCUGUUAGACUACCCCACAGGACGAGAUCCUACUGAGGAGAUGCUGUCUCACGACGAAGGCUCCAAACACCUUUCAAGCGGAUAUGUGCAGUCCCCACCGGUUCUGAGAUUCUUCAGCCUGCGACUUACUGCAGAUGCUCACUGCCGAAGGCUUCAUACCACAUUCAACCGACAAAGCGGCAGCAAUCGAGUAUCUGCAGCGCGAAGUACAGUCGUCGAUGUCGAGGACUAG